AUGUCGCUACACACAGUGGUGUCCACCGGGCGAGGAGGUGCAGGAAAUAUGAUAAGCAGCCAGGGGGUGAAUGCUGCAAAUGAGGUGAUAAUGACAGAAGAAGAAUGGAAGAAGUACCAGCAGAACGGUGGGGGUGGAGGCGUUGGUACGAAAGACUACAAAGGCAGGAGAGGGAUGCAAGAGCAACCGACCAUCAGCGAGGAGAAGACGUACAACCAUGACAGACAGGGUCGGAUAAUCGCGUCGUCAGGGAGAGGCGGGGCUGGGAACAUUGCGAAGUACGACAAACUUCCGUCGCCAAAGAUACAACCCGAGUCACAGGAGAUCGAGUUGAGUCCUGUUUUCUCCACAGGACGAGGAGGCGCCGGAAACAUACACCGGACGAAAUCCAACACGAAAACGAAGAUCAACCUGGAGAGUGAGAUUGAGGACCAGUUGUCGCCGCUCCACUCGAACCGGUCUGCGAAGUCGCAGGGUUCAGCGUCAUACCGAGACAGCAGCGGGGGCGACUCCAAGUUCAUGAAGAAGCUGAAGAAGUUUUUCAAGUGA